AUUACUGUUACAGAUGCCGUCUUGGAUAACUUCAAGCUUUUCGCUAACUAUACUGCGGCGUCAUAUUGUCCCAACAAUCAAAACUCGAGCGCCGAUACGCUCAUCACAUGUAUCUCCACAGCUUGCACUUUGGUCGAAGAAAAUAAAGCAGUGAGCCUAGUGGAAUUUGGGUAUGGCCUCUGAGGUAUCUCAACAAGCAAGACACUGACAAAUCAUAGGGCAGAUAAUACUGCUGCAAAUAUCAAAGGAUUUGUUGCUCUCGACCACGCAAAAUCCCUCGUGGUUGUGGCAUUUUCCGGAUCAGGAGCAAGCAUUCGGAAUUGGUUGACAGACUUUAACAUCAUUCAAACCCCUUUCAAAAUCGCCAAUUGUAACGACUGCUAUACUCACUCCGGAUUUGGUUCUGGAUGGGCGCAACGGAGGACCAUUGUUAUCAAUGCUGUGAAAUCGGCACUUGCAGCUAAUCCAACCUACUCGCUCAUCAUUACCGGUCAUUCUAUCGGUGGUGGGGUUGCAAGUCUGGCAGGCGCAGAGCUUCGAACUCUGGGAUAUCCAGCCGAUAUCUAUAUAUACGGCUCUCCUCGAGCUGGAAAUGCAGCAUUUGCGAAAUUUGUAACUGCCCAAGAGCCAUCUCUGGGGUCGAAUUAUCGAGUCACGCAUAUCAAUGAUCCAGUACCGCAAAUCAUUCCGGACUGGAUUGGGUACGAGCAUGUGAGCCCAGAAUACUGGCUCUCGACGGGAAAUGCAACGACACAAACUUAUACGCCGAGCGAUAUAGUCGUUUGCGAGGGUGUGGGUAAUGAUGGGUGUAAUACGGCGACGGGGAUAAUCCCACUGAAUACUGAGGCUCAUAAUCAUUAUCUUGGAAGUGUCGCCGCAUGUCAGGGGGGCUUGGAGCUUUAG